CCCCGCUCGCGGCAAGUUUGACUAACUUUCUAUUUUAAUAUUAUCCCCUCAAGGUACAUAGCCGAUCUUAUCGUAAGGUGUAUCUUUGUGCUGUUACGUAUUUGUUAAAAAAAAUAAAAUUAAAUAAAUAAAUAGUUGGCCACCAAAUAGUCGAACGUGAACGAGGCAAUGAGAGGAAAAAAAUGUCCACACUGAUGUCGCGCUCUAAACAAUGCGGGGUGCUCGAUAACCUGUUUGAGUUAAAACGAGACUCGCAUCUCAAUGAUCGUUGAAAUGAAAAAAAACUUGUGAUCGAUAUAACAGAUUUAUGAUAAAGAAAUUUUUAUUUGCGGUAGAUGCAGAAGAGAACGAAGAGGAGAAUGAUUUUGUGACCGACUGCAUGUGGCACAAAAUAUUACUUGUUUUAAUAAAGGAUCGAACAAUUUUCAAGAAGCUUCGCGAUAUAUAUAUGUAAAAUGCUUGCGGGCAGUAGAAUUGUGCUUGGCCGCACGAAUGUCGUGACAAGAUACCACGUACGGCCACUGAUAAGCAAUCUACGUAAAACAGACUUUCUGCUGAAGAAUCGAUCUGCAAUUUCUGCCGCUUGCGUGCACAAUUUAGUUGCCGGCAAGUCAGCGCCGUUGACGAAGGAAUCAGUGUCGCCGGUGAAUAGGUACGUCCUGAGAACGCACACGUGUGGCGAGCUGACGCUCAAGAACGUCGAUGAGGAGGUGAGAUUGAGCGGCUGGAUGGAGUUCCAGAGAAUGAAGAAAUUUAUAACGCUACGAGACUCCUACGGAUCGGUGCAGUUACUCAUACCGGAGGACAGAAAGGAUCUGGUGGAAGCUGUACAGAACUUGCCUUACGAGAGUGUACUGAGCGUAGCGGGCAAGGUCGUGCCGAGGCCCGAGGGUCAGCAGAACAAGAGAAUGAGGACGGGCGACGUGGAGGUGUACGUCGAGUCUCUCGAGGUUCUGAACGUGGCGUCGCAGAAUCCCCCGGUGUUCAUCAGGGAGUACAGCAAGGCCAAGGAGAGCCAGCAGAUGAAGUACAGAUAUCUGUCGCUGCGGUAUCCCGAAGUGCAAAGAAAUUUGAGGCUUCGCUCCUCCCUCGUGAUGAAGAUGAGAGAAUUCCUGAUCAACGAGUGCAGUUUCGUGGACGUCGAGACGCCGACGCUGUUCAAAAGUACCCCAGGGGGAGCGCAGGAAUUUGUGGUGCCCACGAGACAGCCUGGUAACUUUUACUCGCUAGUACAGAGCCCUCAGCAAUUCAAGCAGCUCCUCAUGAUAGGCGGCCUCGACAGAUACUUUCAGGUCGCCCGAUGUUACAGGGACGAGAGCGCCAGGCACGAUAGACAGCCAGAGUUUACGCAGCUAGACAUCGAAAUGUCGUUCGUCGACCGGGACGGAGUGAUGAGCUUGAUCGAAAAUUUAUUGAUGUACUCGUGGCCGGAAGAAUUGGGCUCCAUAAAAGUGCCCUUUAAGCUUAUGCCUUACGAAGACACGAUGGAAUUGUACGGUACAGAUCAACCGGACUUAAGGAUACCGUAUCAAAUACAAGACCUCACACACAUGUUUGAUCUCCCAGUAUUAAAAGCGAAACCUGAAGACGACGAACAGAAAGCGUACGCGUUAGUUUUCCCAGAGAAAUCGAAGUACUUAACGAAAUCCGUUAGAGACGAACUCUCUAAGAUCCGUGGCGAUUAUUUUGCUGCUACGAAGAUGGUCCAAUUAAAAGUUGAAAGCGACUCGUGGAGGAAACGGUUAGACCAGCUGCAACUGAAAUCGGGAGCUACAGCGGAAGACGUGUCGCAGUACUGCAAGCUGCAGGAAGGGGAUGCAGUGUUGCUGGCAAUUGGACGUCGAAUGGAUGCGCUGAAACUCUUAGGAAAGCUACGUGUCGAAUUUACAAAUAUACUAGAAGCGAAAGGUGAACAAGUACGCUCGUCCGGGGAUGAAAUUCUAUGGAUCACGGACUUCCCGUUGUUCACAUUCGAAGGAACAUUAGAAUCGACGCAUCAUCCGUUCACGCAGCCUCAUCCGGAUGACAUGGAAUAUCUUGCGACCGACCCUCUAAAGGUGAGAGGCUUGCACUACGAUCUGGUGAUGAACGGAUCGGAAAUAGCGGGCGGUUCCAUUCGGAUCCACGACGCGAAUUUGCAGAGGCAAAUACUGAGGAUGUUGAACAUAGACGAAACGAAAUUGUCGCACAUGCUCGAGGCGUUGACAUACGGAGCCCCGCCUCACGGUGGAGUAGCUAUAGGAUUGGACCGUCUCGUUUGCUUACUCUGCAACGAGAAAAGUAUAAGGAGCAUUAUAGCUUUCCCGAAAACGAUGGAGGGACGAGAUCUAAUGUCCGGAGCGCCAGACGUCAUUUCAGACGAGUUGAAGACUUUGUACCACAUACAAACAGUAAACAAAUGAAAUUCGGCUGUAGUGAAAAUAGCAACAGUAAAAUAGAAUCGACAUUGUGCAUUUCGCUCGUGUUCACAUACAAUAUCAUACGAAAGGGCAAUAAUGCCUUGUAAAAGUUAAACGUAUAAAAAAAAUAUAUAUAAAAUUAUUUAUAUAAUUGUGGCAGUUUUUGGGGGGCGUUAUAAUAUUUUUAUCAAGUGUUACUAUCCGAGCUCCGAGCGGUUAUCAGAAGCAUACAACAUUGCGCCGCGAACAGAUUAAAUAAACAGACAAAAAAUAGAUGUACAAAAAAGUGUUUUAUUAUUUUUUUUUUUAGUAAAACUCGUGCGUUCAAUCGAAAUGUUUUUACAGAAAAAUAAAAAAUACAAUCCAGCCUGCGCACUAAACUAUUGACAUUCAUUUCCAAGAAGGAUCUCAAGGUUCUAAGAGGCCCCUUCUUUCUUUUUGUACACUUUUUGAGAGCCUCUCUCUUGUCAAGUCAAAAUUUUCAUCUAACAAAUUUGUUUUCUUAACAAAUACGUUGAUAUGUCGUGAUCAACUGUCGACAACGGACAAAAAUUUACAUCGCUCCCUUUUAUUCACAUACAUAUUUAUCUUGAAACAGCCCACAGUGCGAAUUGAUUGGUAUGAUUACACAUUAACACAAAAAACGUUAUUAAAUGUGAUAAUCAUAUGAGAAAACAAAAUGUUUUUAAUGAUUCUAAUAUAUUAGUUGAAUAAAUGAGAAGAAAAAUUGAAAUAGA